AUUUCAUUCAAGUGUUUGUAGCGUGACUCUGAAGUAGUCAGUUGACUGUGUGUUUGGAUAAGGAGUCCAACAAUCGGGUGGCGUGUAGGAAGUCCAGUGGCUUCAAGGACCUCGUUGAUUUACGCCGACAAGCCAACGAGAAAUGAGUCUAUGUGGAAUCGUGCUGCUUUGUAUUGUGUGCAUCCCGCAAGUACAUGGCAGCGAUGAAUAUAUUACUGGUUACAGUGGCCAAUCAGUCGUCCUGAAAUCUGGAGCCGACCGAUCAUGGCAACUCGCCAGAGUUCAGUGGUCCAUUUAUAAGAACACAACAUAUAUCGCAAGUCUAAAGGACGGCGAAGUGACUAUAUACAAGUUUUGGAGACACCAGGGUCGACUUACGCUCAACACCAGUACGGGAGAUUUAACAAUCUGUAAUGUGACGGUGAACGACAGUAUGAUGUAUAACGUGGCUUUGCUCACAUCAGAUGACAAUCGGAAACAAGUUAAAGUUCAUCUCACAGUUCAAGAACCUCUCCAGAAACCAGACAUCCAGAAGACGCUCCAUUCCUUCAGUGACAGCCGGUGCUACGUUGUUCUCGAGUGCGCUGCAUCUGGCCAAAAUGUGAAAUUGUCCUGGACGCCUGAUGGCGAGUUCAACGGAUCGUAUAUUUCAGGAAUCCCGAACUCCGUCGACUCUUCGUUGGUUCUUUUCGCAUCAAUUAAUGGCAGAAUAAACGUGACGUUCAACUGCACUGCCUCCAGCGGUCAACAGACAGUGACCAGGCAAAUGACAGUGGGAUGUUCAGGUGGGUCUCGCCAACAGAUUUUCGCUGCUUAAGGAUGCUGUACACUACACAUUAAGUCGCGUUCGGGCUUCAAUGCACUUCCAAACACAAGCCGGACUCCAAUCAUUCAGUCCACUUAAACUCCAACCCUGCAUGCACACUCAAAUUCAAUCAACUACCUCAUUUUUGAGUCCAUUGCCCAUA